AUGCAGAUGAUAGGUCAGCUAUUUGGAGGUUCUCUUAGCGACAAUAUUGUUCGCUAUUUUGCAGCACCUAGGGAUGACCUUAGUUCAACAGAUGAUGAGUCAUUAGAAAGGGAGAAUUUAGCUAGAAGGUCGCGACGGUCGACAAGAAGUUCAAAUAAUAGGUCGACACGAGAACGUGUGUAUACUCGUGUUCCGGAUGGUCGUCAUGCUUUUUCUACUCGCAUCCAGUUAUCAAGUGUGGAUCAUCCAUUCAGAUUGCCAUUCUUAUCAAACUUUGCCUCAUCUGAUGGAGAUGUGCAGAAUUUUGUUUUUAAUAGAGCUAUGCUUGAUCAGUUUAUCACUGUGAUAAUGAAUGAGUUACAAGUGGGUCCACCACCUGCCCCAGAAUCAGCCAUUGCAGACUUACCUACAAAUGUUUUGACUGAAGAACAAGCAUUAAAGUUGGGUAUUUGUUCAAUAUGCUUUGAUGAUUUCAAAGAAUCCGAAUCAGUAAUCAGACUACCAUGUGCUCACACCUACCAUCAAACUUGUGUUACAACAUGGUUAAAACAGCAUGGAACUUGUCCAGUUUGUCGAAAGGAUUUAUCCGGACGUGAUACUUCACGAUAUGAAGAUCCACCUCCAAACUUAACAGGAAAUAGUAAUGGUUCAAGCUCUUCCAAUUCCUAGUCUUCAUUAUUCUUUCGAUUUUUAUAAGAAAAAAUAUAAAACCGCAAAUUAUAUUCAUUAAAUUUGUCUAUUUUCACACAAACACUUCAAAAACAAUCCAGCUAAUAUAUAUAGUUAUCGAAGUGUGUCAGCGAGAUGCUGUAUAGUUUCAUCAUUUUCUCUUUUUUUCUGUCUCUUCCCAUUGUGUAGCAUAUUUUUUCCUUGUGUAUGUAUGAUGAACCCAAC